AUGUAUGGCGAUUGGUGCAUAGUUGAUGGGUGGCACUGUGGCGAGCACGGCGCACGACAGAGUGGCAGACGAGUAGUAUUCUCAAUGGAGGUUACCGCGUUCGCGAUGGAGGUUGUUGCGUUCACCACAGGAGUCUGUUCGGUGGAGGAAACGCGUUGCGUGCAUGUGGCAGCGCUCAUUCUCGAAGGAGAUUUGCGUGCAGCGGUAGCUACUGAUGCCACAGUCGUUGACACACGCCGAACGAAGCAUGCUGCUGGAGAGGAUGAUGCUGACAAAGACGAAGACACUGCCGGAGAAGACGACGCUGGCGGAAAAGACGACACUGGCGGAGAAAACGACGCUACCGCUACCAGAAAAGACGAUGGAGAAGACGAUGCUGAAGGUCACGAAAAGGAUGAUGCUAACAGAGAUGACACUGACGGAGAUGACAUUGACGGAGACAAAGGAGAUGCCGACGGAGAGGAAGCUGCCGUGAGGAAGCUGGCGCCGAUUUGGUUGGGUGAAUAA